AUGGAGCUUGUGACAACUGUUCUUGGUUUCUUGUUAUUGUAUGCACUUAUUCAAGCUACUUUCUCAGUUUUUGGCUUCGGCCGAUCCAAGAACCUACCUCCAGGUCCAACCCCAUUUCCGAUCAUCGGAAACCUCCACUUGCUCGGCGACCAACCACAUCAGACCCUAACCAAGCUAGCCAAAAUCCAUGGUCCCAUCAUGUUCUUACAACUUGGUCGCAUCAACACACUCGUCAUCUCCUCCGCAGCAGCCGCCAAACAAGUCCUCCAAAAACAAGACCUUGCUUUCUCCAUCCGCCAUAUCCCCGACGCUGUCCAUGCCCACAACCACUCUCGAGGAUCCGUCGCCUGGCUCCCCGUCGGCACCCUGUGGCGGACACUUAGAAAGAUCCUCAAGAACAACAUCUUCUCCGGUGACUCCCUUGACGCCAACCAACACUUGCGGAACCAGAAAGUGCAAGAGCUUGUAGCAUACUGCCGGAAAGCCAGCCAGUCGAAUGAGUCGGUGGAUAUCGGCCGAGCUGCUUUCAGAACCAGCUUGAAUCUACUAUCGAAUACGGUUUUCUCCAAGGAUUUGACGGACCCAUUUGAGGAUUCUGGUAAAGAAUUUAAGGAGGUGGUUGGGAACAUCAACUUAGAGGCUGGGAAGCCAAAUCUGGUGGACUUCUUUCCGGUGCUGAAAAGGAUCGAUCCACAAGGGAUCAAAAGGAGAAUGACUCGUUAUUUUGGGAAGGUUCUUGAUAUUUUUGAGGAGUUGAGCAAAGAGAGAUCGGUGAUGAAGCAAGAUGAUGAUGUAUUGGACAAGUGCUUAAAAAUCUGUCAAGAGAUACCGGACGAGAUCAAUAGAACACAAAUCAUGGGCAUGUUUUUGGAUUUGUUUGUUGCGGGCACUGAUACCACUUCCAAUACAGUAGAAUGGGCCAUGGCAGAACUACUGCUUAAACCAUACAUUAUGGCGAAAGCCAAAAAGGAGCUGGAAGAAGUUAUUGGUACAGGUAAAAUCAUAGAAGAGAAAGAUCUCCUGAAGCUGCCAUACUUAUGGUGCAUUGUGAAAGAGACUUUAAGGAUUCACCCGCCUAUCCCCUUUUUGCUUCCUCGAAAAGUUGAGAACGAGGUGAAACUCAAUGACUACAUUGUUCCUAAGGGUACACAGGUGCUUGUAAAUGCAUGGGCCAUUGGACGAGACCCAUCCAUUUGGGAGGACUCAUUGGAGUUCAAGCCAGAAAGAUUUCUUACCUCGGGGCUUGAGGUUCGAGGCCAAGAUUUUGAGUUGAUUCCGUUCGGUGCUGGACGAAGAAUAUGCCCUGGUUUACCACUAGCAAUUCGUAUGAUUCCUACGAUGUUGGGGUCAUUACUCAAUUGUUUCAAUUGGAAUAUUGACAACGGAAUCGGGCAUGAGGGAUUGGACAUGAGAGAGAAGUUCGGACUCACUUUACAGAAGGCCAACCCUCUUUGUGUUGUUCCAACGCCAUUGAAUUAG